AUGAAAGGUCCCAGUACACUACGCUGGGUCGCGUUAGGCCUAGGGGACAAGAUGGCUGGCGCCAACAUGUUCCUGGUCUACGCAGCAUCGUCUGGGACUAAUGUCACCGCUUCUCCCCGCUCCGCACCUGGUCACGUUCCCCCAACCCUUACGCCAGAGAGCCAAAUAUUUCUCUUUUCCGGAAGUGGCAUCCAAAACGGAGUCAUAACAGCAAAUAUUCGAUGCGAUACUUGCCUUGACGGCCAAAGAAAUCUAUGGGGCGAGGACCUUGCUUCAAGCAGAUGGAUCUGGGCCUAUAAAAUUGGCCCACCGAUGAACUCUGAUGAUAUUUCCGCAGACAUUGACUUUCACGAUGACUUCGGCUCCGUACUAAUUGAUCUAACUAGUACCAGUGCUAACAUAGGCGACAAAGAGCCUUUUCUGGAUCCCAUUUGGAACGCAGUCCGUCCAUUAGAUGACGCAGACAACCCUAAAGCUGCCCGCUCAGCCACUACGGCAAUUGUGCAUGGCUGUCUCAUGGGACUUACAUUUGUGGUUCUAAUGCCUAUUUUCGCUCUGCUUGUUCCAAUAUCUGCUUUUAUCCCAAUUUCUGUGGUGAAAGUUCAUGCUCCUCUCCAGAUGUUCGCGUUAUUCACGGCAAUCGCUGGCCUUGGGCUAGGAAUCAAGCUUUGGAUACACAGUGAGAAUAUCCCAGCAGCGCACCCUAUCAUCGGAAUUGUCGCAGUUGCUUGUCUUUGUAUCUUCCAGCCUAUUUUUGGUUGGCUUCAGCAUCUGCAUUUUGAAAGGACUGGGGCGCGCGGUCUUUACGCCUUUUUACACCGAUGGCUGGGUCGCGGGAUUAUCAUUGUUGGUAUUAUCAAUUGUGGCCUUGGCCUCCUCUGGGCUUAUCACCCCCAGGCAUUACUUCGAGUGGGUAAGGUUGUGUAUUCGAUACUUGCAACCACGGUGGUUUUGGGAUAUGUGGCUGUCCAUUUUGGCAUCUUCUUUUAUGGCAGACGACAACCAGGUAUACGACUCAACACUCGUGACAUGAUAACCAGCUCUGACAACUUGAUCCCCAGAGGUGAGCAGCAGCAUAACCAGGAAUCUGCCACUGCAAAAUUUACGGCUUAA